UAGGAACGAUCUGGGUUUUUUUUUUGGGGAACGAUUGGGUUUUUUUUCUAGGGAACGAUUAGGGUGGUUUUUGGGGAAUGAUUUGGGUUUCUUUCCAGAAUGAUCAGGGUGUCUUUCUAGGAGCGAUCUGGGUUUUUUUUUUCUGAGGAACAAUUAGGGCUUCUUUCUAGGAACAAUUAGGGGUUUUGGGAACCUGAAAUUGGGGAUUUGGGAUUCGAAACAAUCUGGGAUUAGGUCGAGUCAUUGUUCUAUAUCAUGAGUCAAUCUAUGGCUUGCUAUGGAUGUAGGAAGGAUGUUCGAUGGAUGCGCUACUGGCGAUUUUGUUUCCUUUGAGCUUUAUGCUGGGUUCCAAGAGGACAAGGAGGUAACCCGAGUCACGUUGAAAAUUGCAUUGAGAAUCAACCGGGUUGAUUUAAGGGGGAUGAAUGUUGAAGGAAGCAUUGAGAAGGUGAGAGCUGAUUUGAAGGAAAUAGAUUUUGAAAGGCCUAUUGAGAUGCUAAAGGAUGAAAUGUCCACGGAGUUAGUGCAGGAUGAAAGCAAUGGGUGAUGGUGUUUGUAUUGGAGUUGAGAAUUCAAUUAGGAGGUUGAUUAAGAAGUUGUUGCUGACUAUUUUAGUUGUUGUGGUUAUUAUGGCAUUUGUUUAUGGUCAGCUAUAAAAUGACCAAUUCCUAAACUGUUUUUGUUAAGUUGCUCUUUUGUUAAGCUAGAAGGUGGUAGUUAAUGUAGACAUUGCCAGCUAUGUAGGAUUUUGUUUGUGUGAAUGUAAAGUAACCAUGUCUCUUGUACAAUCUGUAUCCAUAUUUUUCCUUAUCAAUGACAGAAACGCUUUUGCAGUAAAUGAGUCUUUACUUC